ACGCAGCCUGCAUCGUUGAUUCCCGGAUCGCUGGAGCCUUGUUCCAUUUUCCCCAUCUUCUUCCGUUUCUACCUUAUUUGACUGGGCAUUCUCGACAGCCGUCAAGGGCUCGCGAUAGGGCACCCAUUGUUAACGCCUCACAUGCAAAUCCAAACACAAAGUUUGACAUCCGAAUAUCGUAGUCUGUAGAAUACUGCCGUCCGCAAACUCUCAAAUCCCAAAAUUCGGCCCAAAUUGCCCUCAACUAAAGUGUACACACGCGGGUCCCAACAGGGCCUCGACACCCUCCGUUCUCUUUGCGACGGCAUCCCUACCGUCCCGCUUCCCGCAGCAACAUAGACAAAACGUCGGGAACACCCCUGCUCAGUGACAGCGGUUCACCGCGCGGCGCUUGCCCACAGCUGGGACUGGACUCGACUCGAACUUGACAGACCUCGACCGCUCCCGCUAUGUGAAAUAAGCCUGUGGUGAGCAAGAACGGCUUUCAUCUCUUGAGCCGGCCAACCCCUCCCAUUUCCAUUGCUCUCUCCCGUCCCUCUCUUUUCCCCCUCCACUCCCAGUCCCCCAUCCACCAAGGCCUGAGUGAGAUCCCCCACGAACCUCCAAGGACCACACACAUUACAGCCUGCUGGUGCCGCCCUAUAUCACCUGUCGGCUGUCUUAAUUACAUACCACCUUGCCUACUUGCCUACCUACGUCCUACAUACAUACAUACCCGGCUCUCCUACUGUGGUAUGACGACGUUGCUCCUACUCUGACUCUUUUCCCUCUCACCUCUCUCUCUCUUUCUCACUCACUCACCCCUUCUCUUCACCCCCUCCUCCCCAGCCGGCGCAGCUCUAGGCUCGGCCUCAGAUUAAAGUAUCUCUUCCGCUACCAUCCGUCGUGUAUCGCUCAUUCCCAGCGCUUCAAGACACGUUUGGUUCAUCCUCUUUUCAGCGUCGCCUUUUCUGUUCGCGCAGGAUCUUGGUGUAUCGUCUUCUUUAGUGUUGGUAACGCUCACGCUAUUACCUGCGCUACACAAUCACCACCACACCGGCUUACUACCCCGCCAUUCAUCCCACCUGUUCAGAUAAACUCACAAACAAACACUCACGGACGCCUAUCCGUCACACCUCUCCUAAACCGAAAAGCCGUUUGCGUUUCGCCAACAAAACAUGGCUCACCGGUCCAACGACUUUGAGGAGCGUUUCUACGACGCCCCCCGCCGCCAGCGCGCCGAGAGCCGGGUUGCUUUCGACGAAGUUGAUGUUCGUGUGAGGGAGCGCGAGCGUGAGCGAGAAGGUGACCGUCUCCGCUUUCUGCGCGAUGAGCGUCCUCCCGAAGCCGGAGCUCUUGUUCUGAGCCGCAGAGAGGUUGAAUCAAGAGAGCUAUCACGGCCUCGCGCCCGCAGCCCUAGCCCCGUUUACCGCGAGCGGGUUGUACGCAGAGCCCGCAGCUUGACACCUCCGCACGUUCAUCAUGAGCAAGAGCUCGAGCGCUCCCGAGUCCGCGUCACCGAGCGCGAGCGAGAGAUUCGCAGUCCAUCCCGCGGCCCUCCUCCGGAGAUGAUCCGCGCUCGAUACGUUGAGAGGCAGCGCUCACCCUCUCCUCCUCCCCCCGCCAGAGAACGCAGCCGCGUUGGCGUGCGCAUCGUCGAGCGUGAGAGGGAAAGAGAGCGGGUUCCCUCCCCCUCGCCCUCACCGCCACCACCACCGCCUCAACCUCAGGUCAUUCGUGGCCCCACGAUCGAAAGAGAAGUCAUUACGCACUACAGAGACAUCGAUCAUGGUGAGUACAAGGACAAACUGCAGGAAAUAAGACCCCCGCGAGGUCUAAUGCAUCCAGGUGUUACCCGCGUGCCCAGCCCGCCGCCUCCCCCUCGUCCCGCUCCUCGCCCCAAGACCCGCACCGAAGAGCGGGAAUUGGAUAUCGACAUCACCACCUCCCGCAGAGGGACCGACAUUGACAUUCACCGCUCGCAAAGCCGCCACCGAUCUCCUAGUAGGGAACGCAGAUCCCCCGCUUUCCAGGACAGCAGAGAACUUGUCGUCAGUACCGACCGUCUCCGCAUCGACGACCGUCAUUACCAUAGCGGAUCACGCCGUAGAGCUCAUUCUGCGGCCGCACGCACACCCGUCGAUGAGGAAGCCGAGUACAUCACCUCCAAGAUCGACUCACGCGGCAAGAUGGGCGAGGCUUGGAACGGUGCCACCAAAGACUGGUCCAUUGUCGAUGUCCCGCCCGGUACCGAGCGUGUCCGUAUGGAUGGCGUUGGCGGUGGCUCUGCCGAGGUCACUUGGCAGCGUUACAACGGUGUGAGGCGGGCACAGUUCAUUCCCGAACGGGACGGCGCUCCCAUCUCGGCGCCGGCCCCACUUCCCGCCGAACCCUCGCCGCGAGAGUCCCGAGACCGGCUCAGCCUCCAGGUUUAUGACCGUGAGACUGAGAUCGAAAUUGAGAAGACAAAGGACCGCGCCCCGCGCCGCGGACCUCCAUCAAAGCGCAACGAAAUGUGGACCGAGAUCACAAAGGACCUGGUCAUUCGCGAUGCCAUUAUUCAGCUUGGAUAUGAUUUCGAGGAGACUGAAUACUUUUUCUACAUUAUGCAAUACCUGAAAUACGAUGAUGUGCUUGAAUUGGUGCAGGUAUCUGACGAUAUCCGCCGCUUCCGCAAGCAGCGCGUCCGCGAAUAUGAGAGGGAGUGGGUGCAUGAUGACUGGGACCGCCGGUCUUCUCAUCACCAUCACCACCGCGGACCAAGCAGCAAGUACGAUGAUGAGCGAAUCUACGAGCGCGAGGUCGUCUACGACAGUCAGCGUCCCCGACGUUAUUAAGCAUUGCAUAAACACAGCACAAGUGAGACCAAGGAACAUACAAAUCGAAUACCCAGCCGACAUGCGGCAACUUUGAGGGGGGCCCGAGACAGGCACGCCUUACAUUUGGAUUCGGACUACAGAACAUAUCAUUUUCGGGAUGGGAUGUGCUGCAUUAGAGAAACCGGAUCUGCCGGGCGGGCAAAUGUGUGUCUUUUUACUUCCCUUUUUUUCCCACUCAGCAUGUGGGGUUUUCUGCCUAGCACCAUGUGUAACGAUUUAUGAAUACAACAUAGCGGCGGAGAAAUAGAGCGGAGUUUAGAUUGUAUUAGGAGCAAAUAACGAACUUAUGA